AUGGCAAAGGCUAACAAAAGCUUAUUAAGCUCAGUCUUCAAGUCCAGGCUCAUAAACUCCGGCGAAUCUUCAAUUGCUGUCGACAUCGCCGGAACUUCCCAAGCCGUCAAAGAGCUCCUAAGAUCCGAAAACUCCUCUCCUGGAACCGCACAAGAUCUUGAGAAAGUGCCAUUAUCAGAUCAAGUAUCGAAUUUGUUAAAUGCCACUGCGGAGAAAAGCUCUUCGGAGAAGAAGAACAUAUUGAAAGUACCAAUUUUUACCUCUGACAUCUGCUUAAGACCGAAAGAGCUGUCCCAUGAUAUGAAGGAGAAGAAACGAGUGUACAAGAAGAACGGUUUCACGCGGCGUUUCGCAAAGAUAUACAGAGACUCUGCUGAGAGAUUAGGCACGGAGGCUGUGUUCGAAGUUUUCGAUAAGGUGUCGAAAGAUAUGAGUUUAACGGAGUACAAUGCAAUGAUUGGAGUUUACUUGGAGACCGCUGAGAGAAGCAAUGAUCUAGGACAUGCUCUUGAACAUAUAGAAAAAGCUUUCGAGCUUUUGAAAUCGAUGAGAGACCGCGGAUUCCCGGUGGAAGAGAGAGUUUACGGUCCUCUUCUUGGUUACUUGAUUGAUAUGGAUAUGGUUGAGGAGUUUCACAGCUUUAAAGAUGUUGUUGCGGAGGCGAGUCCUGUUUCGGUUGAGAGGCUUGGAUACUAUGAGAUGCUUCUUUGGAUUCAACUUGGCGAUGGAGAGAAGAUUGAAGAGCUUUGCGGUGAAAUUGGUGGUAGUAAUGGGGGAAGCUUAUCAGUCUUACAAGAAAGUUAUUUGCUUGCACUAUGUGAGAGAGACCAAAAGGACCAUCUUCAGAGGGUCUUGGAGAAUGUAGACAUAACAGAAGUUCAUUCGUCGGACCUAUUGGGAAAGAUAAUUGGAUACCUUGCGAGAUAUUCGUUGGAUUCUGUUGCGAGGAAGUUCCUUUUGGAACUAAGAGAAAGUGAAGAAGGUGUGAAGAACGUUUCAGAUCUCAUCUCUAUCUACUCUACUUGCAUCCCAAAUGCGACGGUUAAGGAUAUCAUCUUGAAGUUCAACAAGAUGCAUAAAGAACUCGAUGUUACACCUACAUCUACAUCAUACGGGAAGCUUGUUAAGUAUAGCUGUGACUCGAAUGAGGUGGUCACUGCUCUCGAUAUAGCUGAAAGAAUGAGUAAAGCAGGUCUGAUAAUAUCGGCAGAUAUUCUGCAGUCAUUGUUACAUGCCGUUGAUGAAGUUCUUGAGCUUACUUUGGUGCGAAGAAUUUAUUCAAUCAUGCUCACGGAGAAUGUGAAACCAAAUAAUGAUAACUUUCGGAGCAUCAUACGUUUGUGCACAAGAAUCAAAGACUUUAAAAGAGCCUAUAAGAUGCUCGGUAUGUUGAAGAACUUCAAGCUGGAACCAAACUCUGCCAUGUACAAUUGUAUAUUGAGUGGAUAUUUUCGAGAGAAAGAUGUUGGCAGAGCGUUAAUGGUCGUCAAGCAAAUGAAGAAAGCUGGCGUUAAACCUGAUUCUAUAACUUAUGGCUAUCUAAUAACCAACUGUAACCAGGAGUCUGCUAUUACUAAGUACUACAACGAGAUGAAGGAAGCAGGAGUUCAUGUUACUAAACGAGUCUACAUGUCCCUGAUUGAAGCAUAUGCAGCAUCUGGGAAUUUUGAGAAGGCAAAACAGGUGCUCUUGGACCCAGAUGUUCCGGCUAAAAGCCAAAAUGAGCUGAAAAGUGUGCUGAUGUCGGCUCUCGCCUCAAAUGGAAAAAUGGCAGAUGCCUUCAGUAUAUAUGAAGAAAUGAAGAAAGCCAGAUGCCACGUAGAGCCAAAAUCGAUUAUAUCUCUUAUAGAAUACGCUGAUCCAAAGGGAGAGUUAGAUACGCUGGUUCAACUGGCUGAUGACCUGCAAGAUGAUAAUAGUUGGAUAGAUGGUUUCUUCAGAAUGAUAUUGUUCGCUGUCCGCAAUAGAAAGUCGAGCACUAUUCUUGAUGUGCUGAAGCAGAAGAAGGUCCGGUUGUCCAGGAAAGACAUCCAUGUGGAAAAUAAAUUCAACGAGGUGUUUUGGGCAAUCGCAGAGUCAGAGCCAACCGAAGUGAAGCUAGGGAUGGAUCUGCUAAGAUUUCUGAAAGAGGAGCUUGGGUUUGUUCCUUCAAGAAAAUGUCUGGAUUUUCUCAUGCAUGCUUGUGUCAAUGCCAAAGACAUGGAAAAUGGUUUAUUGGUGUGGAAAGAGUACCAAUCUGCAGCACUUCCUUGCAAUGUCCUAAGCUUUUUGAGAAUGUAUCAGGUUCUACUGGCUGCAGGGGAUUUGGAAGGUGCCAAUGCAUUGGUAUCAGAAAUUCCAAAAGAUGAUAAAGAUGUACAACACAUCAUCAAAGAGAGCCAGAUUGUAUUUUCUCUAACACCUAAAAAGAAACUGAUUGUUUCCCCAAACAAAGUAGGGAAAGAUUGGUUGGUUUGA